CUGCAGGUACAUUAAGCAAAGGCGACUCUCAUCUCUCAGGUGUUGGAACUGUAAACCCAAGUUUGCUCUGAAAACUUCAGGAUUUUUUGUGCUGCUUUCAUGGCUCUCCUCACCAAUGUUGCCAUCCUGCUGGUCUUGGCUUGUAUUUCCCAUCAGCUGAUGUUGAGCAGCUGCCAGAAAAGCCAUGGACGGCGGGGAAGAGAAACAGGCCGAGGACAACACAAGGACAAGCCAGGGCUGAAAGUGAGCCGCCAAAACAAAUCUGUCUCUGCACAGCCCAUCAAGGGAAAAAUGGUCACCAAAGACAAGUCCGAGUGCACCUGGGCCGCAACAGGUGAGGAGGUCUUCAUCCUCGGGGUCAGCUGCAAGAAGGGGGGCAGGAGCUUCAGCUGUGAAUAUGUUGCCAAUCCGACCGUCUGUCCACAGUACGUUUCAAAUGCCAAACUUUACUGGAGGCAGAUCGCCAGGUCACUGAAGAAGCAGAAGACUCUGUGCAAGGACAGCAGUACAUUGAUCAGGACAGGUUUGUGCAAACGAGCUCCCAGAGAGGCUCAUUUCAGACUCCAUAACACUCCGAGGAAGACUGACGAGCCAUCAGAUCCACUGCCUGAACCCAAAGCUGUCAAAUCCUGUCAACCCCGUCACAAGAAGCUGGCUGAGGAGCACUGCAGCGACUCCUGGUCGAGUUUUUGCACAUUCUUUUUCACUAUGGUGCAGGAUAUUGAUUGCUGAGACAGAAGAAGUGAGGAACUAAAAUAGAAUCAGCUAUAUAUGCCAUCACAUUAAGACUUGUCUCUAUUAAAGAUUCUUUAUAGAAAGUUGCUGCUUGUAUAGACUUAACCACAUUGUUAAUGUUAAUCCUACACCUCAAUAAACAUGUUUCUAUCUAUUCUCUAAUGUUUGUUCUGUGAUUUGGAUUUGGGCAAAAUCUACAGUUCUGAUUACUUUCACAAAUUAUGUUUCUAAACAUCUGACUUGUAUGUAAUUUCAUUUUAAAGGAAUUUCCUUUCCAUCAUACUAAUUGCAUCCUUCAUUCAAAAGACCUUAGUCAAGACAGCCUCAUCUUGUGCUUUGCAGUUGCAACAAUUAGUGCGAAAUUACAAAGCAAUGCUGUUCUGAGCCUCUCAAAUGUGGAGGUUUAAUGUGUGUCUUUGUUUUAUAUCAUAUUAAAGUGAAUAUCUUUGGUUUUUGGGCUGAAAGAUGUUUUAAUGGACAUUUCAUUCAUUUUAGGACAUUUUGAAAACCAAACUGUUAAUUAAUCUA